AGACCAAAGAUUCAAGAAACCAACUUACUCCUAAACCAACUACCUCUACCUUGAAAUCAAGUGGAUGCAGACGCUGUCCUUUUAAGGGUAAAGAGAACAGAACCAUGCCUCCCCAGUUACAGUCCCAGAACCAGGCUGGUCUCCGCGUGCUGCAGGGAGACCUGGGCGCCCUUAGCCCCGCCCUCCGCGAGUUCAUUGAGAGCAGCGCUAACCUGUGUCAGCCAGACACGCUGCACAUCUGCGAUGGCUCUGAUGAGGAGAACAACGCCAUACUGGCCCAUCUGCAGGAGUUAGGCAUGAUCAAGAAGUUGACCAAAUAUGAAAACUGCUGGUUGGCACGCACAGACCCGCGGGACGUGGCCCGUGUGGAGAGUAAGACUGUGAUAGUGACACAGGAACAGCGCGACACUGUUCCCAGCCCUCGUGGUGGAGGGGUGAGCCAGUUGGGACGCUGGAUGUCCCAGGAGGAGUUUGACAAAGCUGUGAACCAGCGCUUCCCUGGCUGCAUGAAAGGUCGCACCAUGUAUGUGAUUCCAUUCAGCAUGGGUCCAGUAGGCUCUCCUCUGUCUAAGAUCGGUGUAGAGUUGACUGACUCUCCGUACGUGGUGGCCAGCAUGAGAGUGAUGACCCGCAUGGGCAAGGCCGUUCUGAACGCCCUGGGCAGCGGAGAGUUUGUCCGAUGCCUUCACUCUGUUGGAUGCCCUCUCCCUCUUAAGAAGCCCCUGGUUAAUAACUGGCCAUGUAAUCCUGACCUGACGCUCAUAGCUCAUAUUCCGGAGCGCAGGCAGAUUGUGUCCUUUGGCAGUGGCUAUGGUGGAAACUCUCUGUUGGGAAAGAAGUGCUUUGCUCUCCGUAUAGCCUCUCGCAUUGCUAAGGAGGAGGGCUGGCUGGCUGAGCACAUGCUGAUCCUGGGCGUCACAAACCCUGCAGGCCAGAAGAAGUACAUGGCCGCUGCAUUCCCCAGCGCCUGUGGCAAGACCAACCUGGCCAUGCUGUGUCCCACGCUGCCUGGCUGGAAGGUGGAGUGUGUUGGCGACGAUAUUGCCUGGAUGAAGUUUGAUGAAGAAGGUAAUCUGAGAGCCAUAAAUCCAGAAAAUGGCUUUUUUGGUGUAGCUCCAGGGACAUCUGCUAAGACCAACCCCAACGCCAUGGAAACCAUCUGCAGAAACACGAUUUUUACCAACGUGGCCGAGUCAAGUGAUGGUGGAGUGUACUGGGAGGGUAUGGACGUUAAACUGCCUGAAGGUGUUACUUUGACCUCCUGGAAGAACAAGCCAUGGACACCUGAGGAUGGUGAGCCCAGCGCCCAUCCAAACUCUCGCUUCUGUACCCCAGCCAAACAGUGCCCCAUCAUCGACCCGCUGUGGGAGUCACCCAAGGGUGUUCCUAUUGAGGCUAUCAUUUUUGGAGGAAGGAGACCUCAAGGGGUGCCUCUGAUUUAUGAGUCUUUCAGCUGGGAACACGGCGUCUUCGUUGGCGCUGCCAUGAGAUCUGAGGCUACGGCUGCAGCUGAGCACAAAGACAAGGUGAUCAUGCAUGACCCGUUUGCCAUGAGGCCGUUUUUCGGCUAUAACUUUGGCCACUAUCUGGCUCACUGGCUCAGCAUGGAGCAGAGGCCCAGUGCCAGACUGCCCAAGAUUUUUCACGUCAACUGGUUCCGCAAGAGCCAGUCUGGUGGCUUCCUGUGGCCUGGCUAUGGAGAGAACAUCCGUGUUCUUGACUGGAUUUUCCGCAGGCUGAACGGGGAGGCGGGUGCCAUGCCAUCAGCCGUGGGCUACCUGCCCGCCCUGGGCUCCCUCAACCUGUCAGGUCUGGAGGGCGAAGUGGACCUGGACCAGCUGUUCUCCAUUGACAGGGAUUUCUGGGAGAAAGAGGUGGAGGAUGUGCGUGCAUAUUUCCACCGUGAAGUGAAUGAUGAUCUGCCCAAUGAGAUGGAGAGGCAGCUGGAACUGCUGGCUCACAGAGUGAGACAGCUGUGAGAGACAGACAGGGAGAGACACAGAUAGAGGGAGAAAAUCAGGCAUUAUACUGUAGCUCGUAGAAUGGUUUAUGUUGGAAACAAAUGUUUUAACUGUUGACUUUAUUGUAUUACUUAGAUUUUUUCACUUACUCUGUAGAUGCCAGGAUAGUACGCAAUAAUAUUUUAUGCAAUUUGUUUGAGGUAUUUUAGUUUUUAAUGAGUGUGACAGAGAAUUGAAAAUGAAUAUAGAAAUAGAAGAAACCAUUACUGAAGUGUGGAACCAGUUCUGGCAUUUCUAUUAUCUGAUGUGUGAAAGUGCUUUUAACCUUGGCAAAAGCCUAAGCAUUUUGAUGUUAUGUAACAGUUUAAGUUAUUUACGCACAAUUUUCCCAACUCCAUAUUGUCAGUAUGGUAGUUCAGGUUGUUAAGUUAAAGAGAAACACUAUAGUUUUUUUUCCAAUAUUCUCCACUUAUGUCACCACAUGGAUGAUGUAAGAUGUGUUUUUGAUGUAUUAAUUUAUUUUUGUAUUUCUUUGACUCUUGUUCAUGAUAUGUCUUCAAUUUGAGAAGAGAUCAAUAAAUAUAAUUUAAAUAUG